AUGAAAAUUUCCACGACGAUUCUCGCAGGAGUCUCAGCAAGUCCAUUUCUCGCUGACAGUCAAGAAGCAAAUGCAUUUUUGAACAGAACUCGUCGAGCUUGGCAGUUUUUCGAAGAAACCAAAGAUGGAAACUGGGAGCGAGAGUGCAUCGAAGAGUACUGUAAUGCGAAUGAGGCGUUUGAAGUUGUAGAUGAAGAAGUGAGAGGAAAGAGGUUGUUUGAUUUAGUGACCGAGUGUAAGAAAAAAUAUCCAGCGACGGCGAAUCAGAGAAAAUGUGUCGAAAACGGUCUCCAACCUUCUUGGGGCGAGUGGGGUGAGUGGUCUGCUUCUUUUGCCACUUGCAUCAAUCCCGUUACUGGAUCCAUGAGAAUCAAUAGUGAAGUUUUUGCCAACUACAUCGGCCAGUCAAAACAAUUUUCCUACUACGACACUGCUCCAGCAUCUCUCCGAAGCCGUUCAAAAAUCACCAUCGAUGAAAACGGUCGCUGGGCGGAACUGAGAAUCAAGCAAAUGACCCCUCAGGACGAAGGAAUGAUGAUUUCGAUAGAAAUUCACUAUGAAGGUUAUUUCGAUGAACAAGCUGUUGUUGUUCCCUCUUCUCGACCCGAUUACUAA